CCACAAUUCUCAGCUCACGCGCUUCUCUCCAGUGUUGGCGCGUGUGUCCGAAGCCGACAGUUUACCGACACAGCGAGUUUCGCUUACUUCCUCACUCGAUCCCGCUCCCCCUUCGUAUUCGCGGAUCUACCCAUUCCUCCCGAUCUGUCGUCGUUUCCCAUGGAUUUCGCCAUUCCAAGCCUCACUCUCUGCUCAUUGCUCUUCUUGCUUCUUCGAUUUAGGAGUGCGGAUGCUUCGAUCCAUGUCUACGACCGACAAGCCUUCAAAGAAGUCGGCAAUUCUUACCUUCUCUCCGGUGGCAGCGAAGGCAUCGCCGCUUCUCUCUCCGACGCCGCCUCCUCCGUGCGCGAUGGCCGCUCUUUCAUCAGGUUUAAAAAUAUCACUUUCUGGAGAAGUGAGGAUGCUGUUGAUGACAAUUCAGAUGAUGAGCAGACUACGGGACUUGUACAAGUCAUAAUUUUUGAGGCAGCAGAUCGUAACAAUAUUGGUGGUUCUGCAUAUGGUGGGCAGAGAUCUAUUUGUUGCACCCCUGAUCUUGCUAAGUUGGAAGGGUGCAAGCAGGGUGAAAUUAUUAGGAUACCUUCUGCUUCAGAUGCUAAAUGGCCUAUUGUCCUAAAGGUGCAGUUCAAAGGGAACUCACUAUCUGCAAUUAUGCCUGAUGAGGAAGUUCAGAUCAGCCAGACAGGAAUGUAUAAUUUAUUCUUCAUAGCAUGUGAUCCUAAACUUAAGGACCUUGUGAUGAGCGGGACAACCUUAUGGAAAAACCCUGAUGGCUAUUUACCUGGUAGGAUGGCCCCAUAUUUGAAGUUCUACAUGUUUAUGUUGGUUGCCUAUGCACUGCUCAGUCUCAUUUGGUUCUCUCAAUACGCAAGGUUCUGGGAUGAUGUAUUGCAACUUCAGCAUUGUAUUGCCAGCGUUAUCAUUCUUGGAUUGUUUCAGAUGAUUUUUUGGUACUUCGACUAUGCAAAUUUCAACAAUACAGGGAUGAGGCCAGUCACACUCACAACGUGGGUCGUGACAAUUGGAGCUCUGAAAACAACAAUUUCACGCCUUCUUAUUCUUUGUGUUUCAAUGGGAUAUGGUGUUGUUCGUCCUACACUCGGUGGUCUUACCUCAAAGGUGCUACUUCUUGGUAUAACUUAUUUUUUGGCAUCUGAAUUGCUUGAUAUCACCGAGUAUGUGGGUACUAUUAAUGACAUUUCUGGAAGAGCAAGACUGUUUCUAGUCCUACCUGAUGCUUUUCUGGACUCAUUCUUAAUCUUAUGGAUAUUCAAUUCUCUUUCGAGGACAUUAGAGCAGUUGCAGGCCAAGAGGAGUUCUGUCAAGUUGGAUAUAUAUAGGAAGUUUUCCAAUGCUUUGGCAGUGACAGUGUUUGCUUCAGUUGCUUGGAUAGGGUAUGAGGUUUACUUCAAAGCAACUGAUCCAUACAAUGAGCGAUGGAGAAGUGCUUGGAUCAUCACUGCUUUCUGGGACAUUCUUGCAUUUGCACUGCUCUGCGUCAUCUGCUAUCUCUGGGCCCCAUCCCAGAGCUCCCAGCGGUACGCCUACUCAGAACAAGCUGGAGAGGAAUUAGAUGAUGAAGAAGCUGUGUCGCUUACGAGGGGAAAGCCUGAGGGAGAUCUCAGCUUAGUAAAGCAGGAGAAACGAGAGAAGAACAACGAAAGUACCGGUACUUUUGAUCCUGAAGAUGACUCGGAAGAGGGUAAGAGGGAAUGACCGUAUGGGACACUGUUAUUAAGGAAUCUGAUUCCAGCUGCACAAAGUUUUCUAGAAUGCAAACUCGUGGAUAUCUGAAUUAGGAAUCUGGUCAGUGAACUCGGCGUCCUUCCGCUCCCUUCCAGAAACAGCAAAAGAAAAGAAUACGAGCAGCAAGUGGGCGUGGAAGGAGGGGUAGCUUAGCUUGUGCCAACUCAAUUGCAGUUCUGGGAAGUUGGUGUCUUCUGUUUCCUGGAACGGAGGUUGCAAAAACUGGCAAUGCAGAAGAGCGUCACUUGGGGCUGCGUUGCGCUGGAAGUUUGUCUGAUAUUUUCGGGUCAUCUUUUUGGCCAAGUGAAUUUCAUAGUCGUACCAUUAAUCAUCAUGUCUGUGUUAAGGUGCCAUAUUUUCUUCUUUUAA